CGAACUUCGAAGUUGGAAGCACUUUGAAAAAAUAACGAAGAAAAUGAAAUAUACCAAGAAUCGAGAUCCUGCUUAGGUGCAUUGUUAUUAAUAAUGAAUAAAUAUUUUUGUUUUUCUACAGGACAAAAAUGCUUGCUGCUUUAUAUAAGUAUUUUAGUUGGAUUAUUACAUCUUUCGUAUGCUGUAGCAGCUAAAGUUAACUGCGAUGAUGAGAUUAUGAUUGAGCACUUCAAUUGUUCAAGUAAAAAUUGUACUUAUGGAGAAGAGUCAAAUGUGAAUUGUACUGUCCCUGACAGUGUGGGAUGUGAGGGUGAACAUUCUUUCAUUAAGAAAAUGAAGUGUCGAUAUUGCUAUCAAACAGAACCAUCAGAGUACAGUUGUGAUAUUAAAAUAUAUUGUAAGGCUGCAGAAAUCCCCAGUAAACGACGUUAUAGCACAAACUGCACAGUAGCAAGCAAAACAAUGUGUCUUGGAAAUCGGACAUUUGGUAAAGUCCUGCUAUGCAAUUGGACGUCAGGUCACAGAUGGUCAACCACAGCAUUGUUGAGCUUAACACUAGGUGGCUUUGGUGUGGACAGAUUUUACUUGGGAUAUUGGAAAGAAGGACUUGCAAAGUUAUUUAGCUUUGGUGGUCUUGGUGUUUGGACAUUAGUAGAUUUCAUAUUAAUACUCACUCAGUAUGUUGGUCCAUCUGAUGGCUCUUUGUAUAUAUUUUGAAUUAAAUAUUUUCUUUAACUAAAA